GUCGAGACGCUGGAUCAAGCAACCUCUGUACAAAACGGUUUUAUUUGUCUUAGCUAACUAGGGUAUUGUUAGCUUGAGUACAUAUGUCAUCCUUUUUAUUUACGUUGCAAUCGCUUUAAUAUAACUUAUAUUUUAGGCUUGGUCGCACUAUAUAACGUUAACAUCAAACUCUUUAGCUAGCUUGUUUCGAGGGCUUUUUGCUUUGCAAACUAGCUAUGGAUAACAUUAUUGAUCCAGCAUCAGAACAAGGUCUCCCUCUGUUCUCCUUGCGUCUCCUGGUUCCACCUCUACGCCUGAUGUGCUGCUUUCAUGUGGCAAGUGGCUCAACAGCGUAAUGUGAUGCAGUAUGGGAAGCUGGAGGAGUUUGUUACUUUAGUGACAGAGAUGGUUCCAGAGCUGCUGAGUUCCAGGCAGAGGACCCAACUCAUUCUGGGACUGAGAGCAAGGAUGGUUUUAGAGUUGUGUCGCAGUGCGGGCACAGCUGACCUCCUGAUCAUCCAGGCCCAUCUGGACAUAAUCCACACAUUGACACAAAACUCCUUACACAAAGAGAGUUAUGGUGAUAAAUUGGAGGCUUCAGAUUCUAACUUUGUGGAGCUAGUCCAAACGCUGCUGGAAGACCCUUCUGAGAGGGAGCAUUUCUUCCAGGAGGUGUUCCCAGUCCACUAUGGCCCUCGGUAUGACACAGCGCUGCAGACACUGGUGUGGGAGUUCCUCUCCAGACUGGAGGAGCUGCUGCCUGUACCAGACCUCACGCAGACAACAGCAUGGCUCAGUGCUGCCCCCUCUGUCCUGGAGGAAUGUAGGCAGAGUGUCUUUGACCCUGAACAACUGAAGACAGUGUUGCAGCACCAUCAGCAUCAUGGAAACCUGAACAAUAGUCAUGUCUCUAAUUACACCACAGAUACCAUCCUGUCCACACUGUCCCUCCCUCCAAUAAUCAGAGUUGUUAUUAACUACGAACCAGACAACUCUGACAAUGUAAGGCCAUUCUCAGAUGACGAUGAAGACCACAAUGAAAUCCUGGAUGAAGGCACUGAUAGAUGUUUGGAGGAUCUAGGACUGUCAACAUCAGAGGAACAGGAACAAGAGGGUUUGUCACCUGCAGAGACCUCAGUGUUGGUUACUCCAGUACCCUGUGAAGAAUUGAACUUGGAUCAUUCUCUCAACGUAAGGGUGAAUGCUGACGAGCCAUCCCAGGUUCUUACCUGUACUCUGCCUCCAUACUCUCACAGAGAAAUGGCCAACCUCUGCAAGGACAUCAAUACCGACCAAGUAGAAGAGGACAGAAAGCAGGUUGACAAGAAAGAAGAGGUGGUCAGAAAAGGGGACAAAAAGAGGGUGAUCACACAGGUUGACAAGAAAGAAGAGGGAUCCCCAGCACCCCAAAACAGGACUCAUACAUGUGAGUGUGGGAAGGUUUUCAAAAAACCAUCACUGCUGACGCUACAUAUGGGAGUUCACACGAUGCCAUAUCAUUGUGACCAGUGUCCCAAACGAUAUGCUACUCCUGGGGCUCUGAAAAAGCACCAGCUACUUCACACAGAAGAAAGACCAUUCGCAUGUGAACACUGUGACCGGAGUUACAGGAGUGCUUAUGAUCUCAAAGUGCACAUACGCAUUCACUCUGGGCAGCGCCGUCACAUGUGUACUGUCUGUGGUAAGAGGUUUGCCCAUCCAAGUACACUAGUGAGACACAUGCGAAUGCAUGCUGGGGAGAAGAAUUAUUUAUGUAGCAUAUGUGGUAAGGCAUUCCUUAGCUCAGGAGAAGUGCGACUGCAUACACGAACGCACACAGGAGAAAACCCCCACACCUGUAAACAUUGUGGAAAGGGUUUCAAAGCAUCUUGCCAUCUUACGGUUCAUCUGCGAUCUCACACAGGCGAGCGUCCUUACACCUGCACCCAAUGCCCCAAAUCUUUCACUACCUCAGACUCUCUUAGAACGCACAUAUAUACUCACACUGGGGAGAAACCUCACCAAUGCUCAGAGUGUGGGAAAACAUUUACUCAAAGGUGUAAUAUGGUAAAUCAUAUGAGAAGAAUUCACCGGUUAAAAUUCUCCAAAAGCAGUCCAACAGAAAGAAACACAAAGUCUCGUAAAAAUGCUUUGAGUUCGAAAGAAACUAUGUAAUAGGUAAUUCUAAUCGAAAUAUUGAUUGGAAUUAUUGAGACAAGAAAUUCCAUGUAUAAUUCUGUUUUAAAUACAUGGUUUUACAGGUCCUCUUUUGUAUAUCAGAUUAUCAUAUCAAAAUAUGUUUUUCAAUAAACUUUAAAUCAAGGUUUGUCACAUCUAAACAUGAUAUUUGCACUGCAAAUAAUGAUUUUAGAAGUGGAAUGAUGAUGAUGAUGAUGACAUUUACCAAAUUUAAACUGUUUGACCAACCAGAUUCCUUAACACUUGUAAGAUAUACAUAUACAAAGUGUCCCGACUACCUCCAGAGGUCUUCAGGAAGAUUUGAUCACACUCGGUUCACUAUGCGUCAAUUGAAUUUGCUACAUGAGUUUAUUUCCAAAAAAUGCUAUAUCCACCAAUUUUUCACAUUGGUGUUUUUUCACCUGAAAUUAUUGCAUGUGGGUACCUUCAUGUGUGUGCCAAAUGCUAAUGUUCUCAUAUUUUUUGAUUCAUUGAUUUUAGGUGUAUAUUAAAACUAUUGUUUUUAUGCAAAACAUUAUAUAUCCAUUGUUUAGUUGAAAUGGAAUGUUUGAAUACGGUAUUUUACUGUGAUAUGUGGUGGUUGUCUCACCUAGCCAUCUUAAUAAGGGCGCUUUAACCUCUACGGGAUUGGUGUCCCUCAACCAAGACAGUUGUUGCUCAAAAUGCGAUAAUGUGACUAGAAUUAUGUUGUAAACAACAGCCAACUUUCCGGGACAUAGACUUGUCUUAUAUGGGCAGAAAGAUUAAAUUCUUGUUACUCUAACAGCAGUGUCCAAUUUACAGUAGCUAUUACAGCAAAAAAAUAUCAUGCAAUUGUUUGAGGAUAGUGCACAACAACAAAACACUUAUCACGGCAACUGGUUUGAUACAUUCACCUAUGAAGGUAAAUAAUGUACUUACAUUCAGUAAUCUUGCUCUGAUUUGUCAUCCUGAGGGUCCCAGAGAUAAAAUGUAGCAUAGUUUUGUUUGAUAAAAUACAUUUUUAUAUUCAAAUGUAAGAACUGGGUUUUACAGUUUGACCCCACUGCUGUCUCUGGCUCAACACCCACCCCGCCCUGCCAUCUAGAUGUGAAGUUUAGUGUAUUUUCUGUAGGGAUGCUAAUGAUCCAUCAUUUAUGACAUUCCUGGGAGUACAAUUAUUACCAUAGCAUUUUUGUAUGUUCUCUAAAGUUAUGUAUUUGAAAAUGUAUACAUUGACCAAUUCGGCACAUUUGGGCAAACUCCUGGCAGACUUCAUACAAAAUAUUGUGUUGUGAUUCUUCACUGGAUCAGUCAAACUUUGCACACACCGCUGUCAUCUGGUGGACAAUAUCUAAAUUACACCUAGAAUCAUAUCUCAAUGUAUGGCCUUUCUCUUGCAUUUCAAAGAUGAGAAAAUGCAUGUUUUUUUGUUUGUAUUGUCUUUCACCAGAUCUAAUGUGUUAUAUUCUCCUACAUUAAUUUCACAUUUCCACAAACUUCAAAGUCUUUCAAAUGGUAUCAAUAAAAUGCAUAUCCUUGCUUCAGGUCCUGAGCUACAGGCAGUUAGAUUUGAGUAUGCCAUUUUAGGCAGAAUUUUUUUUAAAGAGUCCGGAUCCUGGAGUGUUUGGUAACCUUAUCCACACUAUAAGUCAUAUGUGAAAUCCAAAUUAACCCUGGCUGAAAGGAAUCCUAGACCUGCGUGAGUAGCGGGUCCAGGACCAGAGUGCCAGGUAUUGUGACGCAGCAGUGCGAGUCGCGUGGAACAUUUUUGCCAGGUGUAAACAAGCUAGCUAGCUCACUAACAUGUAGAAUGUGCGUCUUGUGUACUAAUUGUAAAUCGCUCUGGAUAAGAGCAUAUGCUUAAAUGACUAAAAUGCCAAAUGUAAAUGUUUUACAUACACAUCUCAUUAUGGUAUUGAUUCAUUUUUUAAUUAUUGAUGUCACAAAUGUAUCAUUUGUACAGUUAAAAUCGACUACAUAGCAGUAAUCUAGGCCUACUGCUUAUUUAUCUGAGAUUAAGGCGAUAUAGUGUUUUGCAAAAAUAUAUAUUAUUUGUCUCUGAAAUGAAACCAAGUGAUAGAUUUCAAACAAAUAUAUAUGUAAUUCAACAACCCCAUGCCAUGAUUAGAUAGCCUAGUGAAAAAACACCAAUGUAUUUCAUAAGUUCUUUAAACAAUAAAAGCUAAUUUACCAACAUUUCUGAAAAUGGA